AUGAGUGAGGCACUAAGAAUCGGAACCUGGCCGGUGAUGGCGGGGCGGCUGGGCGCUGCAGGGUUGCUGUCGGAGCUCCAGGCUUGGCUCCGGCUACUGACGGACCUGGUGAGGGGCGUCAUCACAGCCAAGAGCCUGCGGCGGGGCAUCGAGGCCGCACUGGGUGUGCGCAGCAUGACGCUCGAUGAGGCCGCGGCGAUGGUGCGGCAGGGUGACCACAAUGACGACGACGCACUCAGCGAGGCCGAGUUCUACGUCCUCAUGGUGCGGCUCAGCCCCGACAUCAUGGCUGAUGCCGAGGCGUGGCUCGAGGAGGCCAUCGCCAACGAGCUGCAGGUAGCCCGCUCGCAAUCGCCGCCAGCCUAG